CAAGUGUGCACCUUGAACUCUUUUACUGCCUGCAAUCCCGUCGUCCAGACAGGACACAAGCAAGCCACACCAUGAGAUACACUACAGAACCAGGAGAUGCAACAGAUGUGCCACAGAAGUUCACUUUUAACCCAAAAGAAGGGAUUGACAAUCCAGUGUUGAUGAUCUCAGAUGACCCAGAGCCAGACUUUUGUCCACGCUUAUGCCUGUUAAAACGAGAGGUAGGCCAAGGAUUUGGCUUCUGUUUGCGGAAAGAGAGUGGCUGUAGGGGCCAUGUUGUGCACCAAGUUACCCCAUGGAGUGCAGCAGAGCGCAGUGGCUUGAGUGAUGGAGACCGCAUUUUAGAGGUCAAUGAAGCAUUUGUGGACAACCAAGAGUACACCAAGGUGGUGAUGAAGGUGCAAGCAUCUGGGCUACAGCUAUGUCUGUUGGUCUUGAGUGCUGUGGAGUAUGAAAGAGCUGUGAAUGAAGGAAUAGACCUCAUGGCUCUAUCCAGGGAUCAUCGAGGUGAAGGCUGUGCACGUCCUCGUUUGUGCCACAUAAUCAGAGAUCCUGGCAUUGGAUUGGGACUCAGCAUCAGUCUUAUAGCGGGUGAGAGAGGAAAGUAUUAUUUAAGUCCAGUAAGUGACGGCCCAGCAGAGAGGGCAGGGGUUCAGGCUGGAGAUCAUCUGCUCUCGAUCAAUGGUGUCCUUGUCUCAAAACUUACACAUUCUGCACUGAUGAAAAUGGUUAAAAAGUGUGGUGAAUAUAUAACCAUUUUGGUGGUAGACAGUAGAAGUGAAGAGAGCUAUAAGCGACGAAGAUUGCCCAUUCUACCCGCUUUUGCCAGCUCUCAUAACCUGCCCUACAGGCCAAAAACCAUACACCUUAUCCAGGGACCACAGGGCUAUGGGUUCCUGUUACGACAAGAGAAACUAACUACAGGAAAUAUUGCUCACCUGCUGCGAGAGGUGGACCCGUGCAGCCCAGCUGAAGCAGCAGGGAUGGAGGAUGGGGAUCUGCUCCUGGCCGUUAACGGAGAACAGGUGGAGCAAGCUGAGCAUGAGGACAUAGUCAACAGAAUAAGGCGAAGCGGCCAGCAGGUCACACUUACUACCAUCUCUAUUCAAGGCAAAGACUACUACACACAGCUGGGGCUUUCACCACUGAUGUUUUAUGAAGAAUACAUUCCACAAAAAGUGUGUUUCCCCACAAACACCCUACCUUCCAACAAAACACCAGGACCUCGACUGUGUGCCCUUCACAGAGAGGACACAGGAUUCGGCUUUAAGCUGGCAUGCAGCCAUAUUGACAAUGUCAUCUACGUUGGCCAGGUAGAAGCUGGGUGUGCUGGAGAGAGAGCAGGGCUUCGGGAAGGGGAUGUGAUUGUGGAAGUGAACGGGCAGAAUGUGGAGCAUGAGAAUUUGGAGAAUGUGGUGACACUGAUCAUGAAGGGAGGCACUUCACUUAUGUUGCUUGUAGUAGAUAAGGAUGGGUUCGAAAAACUCAGAACAAAUGGUGUACCGAUCACUCCAGAUGUGAGCACACAGGUUCCAGAUACAACAGAAGACAACUUUGUAUAAACGGUUGAAAAUUCACCUCAAUAAAUCUGCUGUUAUCUAUUGGAUCAAAUCGUGUAUUUAUGCAUCGAAUCGUAAUUAGUCAUUCAUUCAUAAAUAUAACUCAUAUUUAUUAAUGAGACUUAUUCAUGACAUGACACACAUAUUCUUGUCUUUUCACUUUGCAACUUUUGAAUAUACACUAUGAUUGUUAAUAAUAAUUACGAACUGAUCAUGCAUCUGUUUGUCAUUUUCCAUUUGUAAAUCUCCAUACUACAUUAAAAGUGGAUAAAAAUGUGUACAAAGUAUAAAGCAAAUUACUCAGAGUUCAGGAUUUGCAAUGUUUCAAAUAUAUUUUUGUAUGUUAAAAAUGAUACAUGGUUAGAUUUACAUGCAUGUAUAUGUAUAUAGUAAACAAGUAUUUCAGUUUCAUUUGAUCUUUCCUUGUUUUUCUUAUAUAUUCUGUGUUUGUUCAUUGAUAUGUGAAGCAUUUUAAAGGUUUUAAAGGCUGGA